AUGAUGAAGUCACAAAAAAUGAAAGAAGAACAGCACGAUCAUGUUAAUAAUUAUCGUACUAUUGAACCUAGUCCACAUAUGUAUUUAAACGUUGAUGAACGAUCACGACCAUCGACAAGAUUUAACACUCCGUCUGUUGAACCAGCUAUGAUUUCAUAUCAAAGUGCAUCAUAUUUUUCUGCACCUACCGAAAGUCCACCUCCAUUAAUAGAAGAACAAAAUAAAUUAUGGCCUAUUGAAAAAUUAUCUAAAGAUUCAUCGACAACUGAAAUUGUAACAUCAGCACAAAAACGAAAUCAUAAACAUAAACAUCAUCGUCAUCAUCAUCACCAUCAUAAUACUACUACUACUAGUGGAAAACGUCAUUGUUAUCACCAUCAUCAUCAUCAGAAUCGUCACCGUCGAGUUAAAAGUAUAGGACAACAAGCAAGCGAUCAAUCUUCAUCUAAAAUUAUAAUUGCAAAUUCAAAAAAGAUCGAUCAAAAACAACAACCAAUUAUCGUUUAUCGUGAAAUAUCAAAUGAUAAAGAUUUUAUAUACGAUACAAAUCCUUUAGCUAAAGUUUCAUAUGAAACUGAUAAUAAAGCAGCAUCAAUUAAUGAACAACAAUCGCCUUUAGUUGUUUAUGGUGAUAAUAAUAUGCAACAUUCGUUAGUAAAUGAUCAGAUGUCUCAACCAGUUUUUGUUAGUUCAGAUCAGAAAAAAAAAACAAGUAAAGGAAAUAUUCCUCUACAAUCUGUUGAGAAUAAAAUAGUAUCUCAACGAGCAGCAUCUACAGAUGAAACUCAAGUUAGUAAUUAUCCUCCAGUGAUGUAUACUCAAUCAACUCCAUCAAUUACUAGUCCUUGUGGUGUUCAACAAGUGGAACGAAUAUAUUAUGAGGAUAGUUGUUGUGGUCCAUCAUCAUCAAUAAGCAAUUGUGCAUCAAAUUCUUGUAUACUUCAACAAUCAAAUUCAUGUGGUUGUAUGUCUCAACAACCACAACAACAAAUACUCUUAUGUACUGAAACAAAUUCACCAGAAGAAUAUAUCUAUACAACAUGCAAUAACAAUUAUAUUCAAGAUUCAUGUUCACAACAACAACAACAACAAUAUAUAUGUGUAGAUAGUACACCAUCAACAAUUAUCAAUCAAAUGCCUGCUUUUAGUCCUGUAACAACCAAUGCAUGUAGAUCGCCUCAAACUUAUAUAUGUGUACCACAAACAUCAUGUCAACAGUCACCUAAUAUUAUUAUUCAACCACAACCUCAAAUUCAAUCCCAACCAUUACAAAUUAUUCAAAGUCCACAAACAUCACCACCAGGACAAUAUCUUCGAAUAACUUCCGCUACUCCACAAAUUAUUGAAACUAUUCAAUCACCAGGUUUUCAAACUGCUCAACCACAAAUUAUACAAGGUAUGCAACCUCAGAUUAUGCAGGGUAUUCAACCACAGAUCAUACAAGGUAUGCAAUCACAAAUUAUACAGGGCAUUCAACCACAGAUCAUACAAGGUAUUCAACCCCAAAUUGUACAAAGUAUUCAAGCUGCACCACAAGCUCUUUCAGUUAGUCCACAAAUGCUUUAUCAACGUCCAUAUGAUCCUAUUGUUUUACCAACUCAAAAUCAACAAUUUGCUGUUACAAAUACUCCUCUUGUAGCAAUGAGUCAACCAUCUUAUGCACCAGCACGACAAAUACCAACGGGACCGCGCAUGUUUCAACACGCUCUUGCUAAUACUGUAGCCGGUCGAACUGGUGUACCUCUUCCAUUCAUGCAAUCACCCAUGGGUGGUCAAUCUCGUGGUGCACCAUUAAUUCCCACUGGACGCGUAUUAUUUAAUGAUGAAUUACAACCAUCAACAUUCUCGACACUCAUACCAAUUCAUUCAGAUGACUCAUUUAUUCCAUUUCAAUCUUUAAAACCACCAUCAUAUACGACAUGUAGUGCAUUUUCUCGAAAAGAUACUUAUCCAUCAAGUAUAAGAAAUUUUAAUCGUGUUCGACAACAGAUACAACAACGUGCUCAAUUCUUAGCUGAUUUAGAAAAACAAAUCCCUACUCGAUUAUCAUCAUCUCCUACACAACUUGCAAAUACUACAGCUUUACCAUCCCGUAGAAUUUCACCAAAUAUAUUACAACCAAAUUCUCAAUUCCUAUCACACAUAUCACCAGCCACAUCGCGAUCACCUUCUAUAGUUUCAUCUUUUGUACCUCCAAUAAAUGAAAUGCCAACAUCAGCUAGAUCUCAAGCUUUAUAUGCAAAAAAAAAUAUUACUGGUACAUCUAGUAGUAAUUCAAGUAGGUCAUCUAUUUCAUCUUCAUCAUCCGUGCCACCUGCUCGUUCACCGUCCUUCGCUGAUACGUAUCAUGGUCCGUUGUUGUCAGAAACUGUAACUCCCUAUCAAUCACUUUGA